AUGGCACUUGCAUUUCAAUGUAUGCCAGUUCACGGUGUUUGGACAAACUGGAUGUACAAAACGCCUCCUGUUCAGUGCAUCAACGUCUUUGCAGCCGUCUAUAUUGCAGCAGGCAUGAGCAUCACCCACGACAUUAUGAUUUUGUGCAUGCCUAUUCCCACUCUUUGGGGUCUCAAACUUGAGAUGCGCAAGAAAGCCAACUUGAUGGUCAUGUUUGGUGUUGGAUCUUUCGUCAUCGUGGCUAGCGUUAUCAGACUGCCGUCUCUCAUGAAGAUGGGUACCUCAAGCGAUCCUUCGUUUGAUCAAGCCCCCGUCGCUUUCUGGACGAACCUCGAAGUCAGCGUUGGCAUAAUCUGUGCCUGCCUUCCAGCCUGUCGUUCCCUGAUCGGCUACUACUUCCCUCGUCUACAGAUGUCCCUAAACAACACUUCUAGCAACGGCCGCAAAACCCCUGGCUACACAAACCCCACUUCCUCGAAAACCACCAACGAAUUCUUCAGCAAAAAGCGCGCCGCCCGCGACAGUUUUCUCGAGCUCGACGACCGCUCGGGAACAGGUUCUCAAGAAGAGCUGAAGAGCAGCUCCAAGCACAAGCCCAACCACAACAUAUCCAUGCAAUCCAAGAAAUCCUUCGACCACUACCACAAGAACUCCAUCGACGACGAUGUCGAUACAGAUACGGACAGCAUCAUGCAUAUCCAAGGACACCAUCAAGGCACGAUCGAGGAACCUUUCUCGCCGAUUGCGAGGAAGGGCUUUGGACAUGUUGCUACCGUGGAGGUUGGGAGGGGCGGCCGGCUGGGCUCGGGACCGAGAUCGCCGGCUGGGGAGAGGGAGAGGAAGGGCGGUGGAGAUAUUGUGAUGACGAAGACCUUGAAUCAGAUCACCACUUUCAGGGAGUGA